AACGACUAGACGGAUAUGUACGAGGCGUUUAUGCGAUCAAGGUAUCAGGCCAACUACCUGACGACGUGCGGACCUCGAUAGAAGAGGAGUACCGUAUUCAGUAUAUCCCAGUAUAAACGACCGACGCCGUUGCCGGCAGCGCCCUGGUUCAUCGCCAUGCCCAUGUCCGAGCCUCCCCACAUGCCGUUGCCGUUGGGCAUGCCGCCGUAUCCGCCGUUCAUUCCGUUCAUGCCGUUCAUAUCACUCAUCAUUUGCUCCAUCAUGGCUUGCUGCUGCUGGGUUUCAUGUGCCUUUUGCAUCGCCUUAGGGGCCUUGGGUAUCUUGGGAUUCUCCGCAGUGUAUUCGGCAGGCCGUUUCUUGGCGAGCUGCAUCUGCUGUUCGCCAUUGUUUGGGCCGGCUGUGCUAUCGCGACGGCCACGGUUAGGGGAGUUGGAGACUUGGACUUGGCUUUUGCGCCCUCCGUCUUGGUGUCGGUGGCAUCUCCUUUGGCUGCCGUUGGCGACUUUGGUGUGUGAAGUGACUAAGUCUACUAAACAAAAGAGUAUAAACCGUUAUGCUCCCUCCAGAGCCCUAUCCCCUGUUUUACUAUGUGAGCUAAGCCCUGGUAUCAUUCCCUGUCUCUGUAUAAUGUGAAGAAAACUCCGCCUAAACGCCUAAACGCCUAAACAUGUUUGAAGGAACUGUAGCCUCAUCCGAAGGGUCUCCCGAAUUCCCCGCAUA